UGUCCUCAGCGAAGUCCAAAGAGUGCUCAGACCAGGGAGUGGGAGGCACAGGGAGGCAUAUUUGAGCCCCACACCCCAAGUUGAUGGGCAUUGCCAUUCAAACGGUGUGUGCGUAUAGCGAUGAGGAGACAUCAGCAAAAGGGAGGAAGCUCAUGCAGAAGCUAAGGGAGCUUUCAGUCUAAAUAAUGUAUCCUUGCGAGAUGCCUGUGCCACAAGAUGAACAUACUAGGAUGAAUAAAGAACCAUUGGUUUAUUGCAUGAAAUAAAAGAGGAAGAGUAUAAAGGGGCUGAUUCAGGCAGCAACAUUACAGAUGUGCAAGCAGCUGUGAGAAUUUGCCACAGUACCAAAGAUCUUUGAGGACUGGAAGCAACAGAUAAUAACAAGCCCCACCAUUGAGACUCUGCGACUGACUUUCUCUUCUUCUCUGGCUUUGCUGUUUUCUGCCCUCUUGCUAACAUGGAAGCAACAUGCCUCGUUGUCCUGCUCAGGUUAUGCGUCCAGAUAUUAGCCUUCCCUGCUUACUUGCUGUGGUAUCUGGGUAUCUGGGAACCCCUUUGCAAGAAGUUAUUCCCCUACUUCAUGGCUGUGGUGACCAUCUAUUAUAAUAAGCAGAUGUCCAACAAGAAAAGGGAAAUGUUCAGCAACCUGAAGGACUUUGCCAGUCCUACGGGGGCCCUCACACUGCUGGAGAUUGGCACAGGAAGUGGCUCCAACUUUCAGUUCUACCCUGCGGGAUGCAAAAUCAUAUGCACUGAUCCGAACCCCAACUUCCAGAGGUUUCUUGACAAGAGCGUGGCUGAAAAUCCACACGUGCAGGUGGAACGCUGUUUGGUGGCUCCGGCUGAGGACCUGCAUGAGGUACCAGCUGCAUCGGUGGAUGUGGUGGUUUCAACGCUGGUGCUAUGCUCUGUGAAGAGCCCCGAGCAAGUUAUGAAAGAAGUUCUGCGGGUGCUGAGACCGGGUGGCGCUUUCUACUUCCUAGAACACGUUGCAGGUGCUCCUUCCAGCUGGACUCUUUUCUGGCAGCAGAUCUAUGAUCCAAUUUGGAUAUGUCUGUUUGACGGGUGCCACUUGGCCAGAGAAACCUGGAACGACCUGGACAAAGCUGGCUUCUCAGAGCUGAAACUGCAACACAUACAUGUCCCUUUAAAAUGGCAACCUAAUAAGCCGCAUAUCAUAGGUUAUGCUGUAAAGUAGCUUGGAAAUAAAUUACUGAACAAAAUCUC